AUGAAGCUCAAAGUGCACAUCAUCGAAGCACGCAACCUUCCACCAACUGAUCCCAAUGGCCUAAGUGAUCCCUACGUGAAGCUGCAGCUCGGGAAGUACAGAUGGAAGAGCAGGGUGAUUAAAAAGUGCCUGAACCCCCUCUGGGACGAAGAAUUCAGCUUCCGUGUUGAUGAUCUGAGCGAGGAGCUUACUUUGUCUGUGAUGGAUGAGGAUAAGUACUUCAACGAUGACUUUGUGGGGCAGAUCAAGGUUCCCAUGUCGGCAGUCCUGGAUGCAGAGAACAAGACAUUGGGGCCUACUUGGUAUUCUCUACAGCCUAAGAACAUCAAGAAGCCCAAGUACAAAGAUUGUGGUAAAGCUGCCAGCAGACUGCUAUGAUUAUCUGUUUACACCUAUUUGAACCGACCAAAGAAUGUGCUUGUUGGGCCUUUGUUUCUGAAGAAUGUCUACUGCCUUAAGCAGCUUCUUUUGGUUUUUCGCAUUUUGUUGGCCGAGAGGUUGCUGGAGUUUGCAGGUUUUGCAUAAAAAUCAUGUCCGCCGCAAUUCUAGUUUUCUUUCGAAGCAUUCAGUUUUCUGUCAAAACUGAAAUGAACCUAUUUUUUUCCACUGGCAGAUAUUGCCAGUGUUGGUUCAUGCCAUGGGCAUUUUCAAGCACCAGCUUGGCUUUUUGGUUUGAUCCUUCAAUUAGUCGUUUCAAUGUUGAUCCUUCAACAUGCCCUUGGUCCUUCAGUGCACAAGGCUUUGUUUUUUGUUUAUUUUUGGUUUUGAAUUAAAAUUCCUCUCGUGAUUGUGAAAAGAAUAUGGAAUUUUGAAAUCAAUGCAUUUUAAAAAACUUCUAAAGUUUUCUUCUUUCACAAUUUCACUUUCACUCACAUCCUACCCAUAGUGUGAGUUUUCCAAUUAAAGUUGAUUUUUCAACAGUUGUGUCAUGCAAUUAAAGACAGCAGCUUUGAUUCUCAUUAAAUUAUUUGUCGAAUUAGCUCUAUUGUGACCAUGCACUCGAUCAAUUAAUCUUUUGUGGAUCUCCAUUGUCUUUUAAGUUUGUAAAGAGAAAAAUCAUCCGCCUGCUUUUCUCAUGGAUAUGCAGUUCGUAAUAUGAUAGACCUUAUGCUUCGAUAUUGACCAUUUUAUUUCCCAUCUUGGCUUGCAGGGGAAAUUCUUCUCAGAAUCUGCUUAUCUCAGAACAGUUCCCCAGACGAUGGCGUCAGGCUGUCAUUCUCUGAUGCCAGUGGAGCAUCUCUUGUGCACAUGUCAGGUGAGCUUGCAAGGGAUUCAAAGUCUUCAUCUUCCGAUAUGUCUGGAAAAUACUCAGAAGUACCUGGAGUAGAGGGUUCUGGAUCAUUCAACGAAGAAAAUUCAAUGGCACCUAGUAUUUUCAAUCGUAUUUAUCAGAUCUUUACCUGGGGAUAUCCAGAAGUUGUACCAAGUAAAGAACCUGAUUCAUCUACUCAGGCUGUGAUACCGGUUGAUCCUGAAACCUGUGGAAGCCAACCUGUGGAGAAUGCAUGUGAGAAUGCAUCCCCCGAUGUCUCCUUUGAUGAGCUGAUGACAAAGUUGAUUGCAAAAGAUCUAGGGAAGGAAAUGCCUAAUAACCUUUCAGGAGGAGUUCUUCUUGAUCAAGCUUACGUGGUUGCUCCAGCUGUCCUGAACACCCUUCUGUUUUCACCUGACUCUAAUUUCAUCCCAUCUCUGGCAGAGAUUCAGGGUACCACUGGAAUGCAACUGGGGCCCUGGAGAUUAGACGAAGGUGGAGAUAGCUUGAAAAGGGAAGUUACCUAUACCAAGGCAGCUACUAGACUAAUUAAGGCUGUUAAAGCUACAGAAGAGCAUACAUAUUUGAAGGCUGAUGGUAAAUCAUAUGCAGUUUUAAUGAGUGUGAGCACCCCAGAUGUUCCAUGUGGAAGUUAUUUCAGGACAGAGCUUCUGUAUUGUAUAAUGCCUGGACCCGAAUUGCGUUUGGAAGACCAGUCAUCUCGAUUGGUCAUAUCCUGGCGCAUGAAUUUUCUGCAGAGUACAAUAAUGAAGGGUAUGAUCGAAAAUGGAGCCAAGCAAGGCCUUGGAGACAGCUAUGUGCAGUUUGCCAAUCUGCUGUCUCAGAGUGUUAAACCGGUUGAUUCAAAAGACCUGAAUUCUGGCAAAGAACAGAUCUUGGCUUCGCUGAUUGUGGAGCGGGAGUCCAGCUUCAGGCUGGCCCUCCGGUUUCUUGGGAAUUUCACAGUUUUGUCAUCUGUGUUUGGGAUACUUUACGUCCUUGCGCACAUCUUAUUGGCCAAUCCCAGCACGAUACAGGGUCUUGAAUUCAGCAGUCUGGAUCUGCCAGACUCCAUUGGGGAGAUCAUUGUUUCUGGGGUUAUUGUUCUUCAAGGCGAACGUGUCUUAAGGAUGAUAGGGCGCUUCUUGCAGGCCAGGAAACAACGAGGUAUUUAUUCUGGCUUAUUAAUACGAUUCUGACCUCCUCUUUGUGGUUUAUUUUCUGUAAAGUUUGUUUUCCCCUUGGUUUUGAAACCACUCUCUGGUCACUUAUGUUUUCAAGGUAGAACAUCCUCAUAGUCGUAUUAACCUAUACAUAGGGGUAGUAUUGAAUGCAUUUGUUUGAAUUUAAUUAGAGGAGACAAAGCGCACAUUCCUUUGUAAAAAAUAUUUUUUCAUCUGGUUCAUUUCCACAGUUUGUCCUCCGUUUUUUUUCUCUGCGCAUUGAAGUAUAAUUCUACAUUUUGGAGAAUGUAACUGCUUUUUCUUCAUCAUGUAUCUACCACAGGUAGCGACCAUGGAGUGAAAGCACAAGGAGAUGGCUGGAUGUUGACUGUUGCCCUGAUUGAAGGCAUCAGUUUAGCAACUGUCAACUCGGCUGAAUUUUCUGACCCCUACGUGGUCUUCACCUGCAAUGGGAAAACAAAAACAAGUUCCAUCAAGUUUCAAACGCCAGAGCCACACUGGAAUGGUAUGCAGCGCCAGUUUGCCCAUCUCUGAUUUCUGUAUCAUGAUUUGAUCAGGGUCUGACGUUUUGAAAUUACAGAAAUUUUCGAGUUUGAUGCAAUGGAUGAUCCUCCAUCUACAAUGGACGUGGAUGUGUUUUCUUUCGAUGGCCCUUUCGAUGAAGCUAUCUCUCUUGGGCACGCAGAAAUCAGCUUCUUAAGAUCAGAUCUUUCAGAUCUAGCAGAUAUAUGGGUACCCCUUCAGGGUAAGCUCGCGCAGGCAUACCAGUCCAGGUUGCAUCUCAGGAUCUUUCUGCAGAAUACACGGGGGACGGAAGUUGCCAAGGAGUACAUCACAAAGAUGGAGAAAGAGGUUGGAAAAAAGGUGAAGCUUUUUUCCUGAUGGGUCGAUUUCCAAAUAUCCCUAUAUAUCUAUCAUGUUCUAAUCUUCCUCUGUAAAUUUUAUGAUUGCAUUUGUAGAUAAGUCUGAGGUCACCACAGUCCAACUUUGCAUUCCAGAAGCUGUUUGGACUUCCAUCGGAGGAGUUUCUCAUCAAUGAUUUCACUUGUUACUUGAAGCGCAGAAUGCCUUUGCAGGUGAGUGUUCUAUCCACGAAGAAAACGCUUCUUGCUUGUAGGGUCCCAUCACGACUGAUGAAGAACUAGCUUAUCUUCCUCUUUUUUACUAUUUUGUUGGAUUGGAUUGAUUCAUACUUUUAUUUGCAGGGUCGCCUCUUUCUGUCACGAAGGAUAAUCGGGUUUCAUGCAAAUCUUUUUGGCCAUAAAACCAAGUUCUAUUUUCUUUGGGAGGAUGUUGAAGAUAUCCAAGUUAUUCCUCCGUCCAUCUCAUCAGUGGGCAGCCCAUCUUUGAUGAUUAUUCUCCGUCGAGGAAGGGGCGUGGAUGCAAGGCACGGGGCGAAAAUCCAAGAUAAUGAAGGAAGACUGAAGUUUCUUUUCCAAUCUUUCGUGUCAUUUCAUGUGGCCAACAGGUAUAAAGUCAACGGCUUUCAAGAUCUCCUUUGAAUGGUGGAAGGCAUCCUUCAUGUUUAUGGAUUCAAUCUAUGUUUACUCUCUCUCUCCAAGGCAUAUCUUCGUCUCAUCUCUCUCAUUCCAUUUAGAUGCCUCAUGUUCGACAGCAAUAACUUCAAGGUCAAUUACGUCGUAGGCCACUAGCUAUUUUCUCCCCCCAUAUGUCCAGUGGAUCGUUAAAAAAACAGUGCGACAGUUCCUUUUUUUUUUUUCUGUCUGUCUUGAGAACUACCUCUAGAAGUUCAAGCUUCAAGCGACAAUAUCUACUAAUUGAUAUCUUGAAUGACCAACAGGACAAUCAUGGCGCUGUGGAAGGCUAAAUCAUUACUGAACCCUGAGCAGAAGUUUCAAGCUUUGGAGCCGGAAUCCGAAUCAAAAAGCCAUCAAAUCGAAGGGUCUGGUCCUUCUGUAGGCGCAGGAGAUGCCCAAAUGCAAGAGGUGUUCUCCUCCUCUCACCCUAUUCCGGUGAGGCCCUUCUCCUCCACUUGAGAUAUCCUGCUCGGCCCUCUGGAAACCAUCUUAAUUUCUUGGUGUCCUUCUCAGAUGAGCUUCAUGAUGGAGCAAUUCAACGGAGGGGCUCUGGAGAGCAAGAUCAUGGCAAAAGUGGGCUGCGUGGACUAUUCAGCAUCUCCCUGGUCAAGGGAGCCAGCUGAGGCCGAUGUGUCUAUGAGGGAAAUCAGCUUCAAGUUCGACAAGCAAAUAUCCCAUUAUGGAGGGGCGAUCACAAGCAUUCAGCAGAGAUCUCCCCUCCCCGACAAGAAUGGGUGGCUUGUCGAAGAGUCCAUGAAGAUCCGCGGGGUCUCCCUCGGCGACUACUUCAAUGUACGUGUGCACCUUCCUUUUCAUGAAUCCAUGGCAAUUAUCACAUAUUCAUCAUUAUUAUUGCUACUAUGAUAAGAUACAAUCGGACCAACCCACCCACUAGAACAGUGAAGGAGGUUCUGGAGAUUUGAAGGUAGGCAUCACACUGAUGGGAUCAUCUGGGCUUCUUGAUGUCUGACCAUGAUGAAAUUCUGGAUGUGAUGAAUGAUCAUCCAUAUGAUUUUAUGGAAACAAAUUCUGGGUACUCCCGUUGACCUUAUGGAUGAGCUUCUAGCUGUUUUCCUGAUUAGGAAAUCCCAGAUUUAUUUAUUUUUUUGGAGAUUUGAAGGUAGGCAUCGUACUGAUGGGAUCCUCUGGGCUUCUUGAUGUCUGACCAUGAUGAAAUCCUGGAUGUGAUGAAUGAUCAUCCAUAUGCUUUUAUGGAAACAAAUUGUGGGUACUCCCGUUGACCUUAUGGAUGAGCUUCUGCCUGUUUUCCUAAUGAGGAAAUCCCAGAUGUUUUUCUGUUUCUGUGCAAACAAUUUAAUGAGAAAAAUUUGGUCUUGUGCAGCUUCAUCUGAGGUACAUUAUUGAUGCUGCUCCUUCAAAACCGAACGCCUGCAAUGUCCAGGUCUUCAUGGGCAUCUCAUGGCUGAAGAGCACCAAGCAUCAGAAGCGGAUAUCUGGCAACGUCUUCUCCACCCUCUCAGUCCACAUCAAGGAGAUGCUCAGAUUCCUAGAGAGGGAGUUCGCCGCCACUGCAAAAUAG